CGUGACAGCAGGCGCCGGCGUCGCGUGUCCGUUCACCUUUACAUCAAAACAUGGCACAAAACACUUCGCAUUUUAAAUUAUAAAUACAUUUCAAAUUAAACUUCUAUUUAUAAACGUGCCUUUAACAGUAUUUUUAAUUUGAAAUUCAAGACAUAAUUGAAUCUAGUCCUAAUUUAUUUUUAAAAACAUUUCAAUUUAUAAAUAUUAAAACAUACUGUUGAUUAAUUUAUAUUAUUAGUGAGUGUAAAAAAAUGGAUGUCAAGGAAAAAAGAAACAAUGAAGAGGAGAAGCCAACUUAUGGCUUGGGAUUGAGACAUGUGCAAGCAGCUCUGCUGUUCCUGGGGAUGGUGCUCGCUUUCGCCAUGCGGGUCAAUAUCAGCAUGGCGAUUGUCGCCAUGACUGAUAGCACUAAAGAUAAUUCAUUUGACUGGAGUAUACAGAAGCAGUCAGUGAUCCUGUCCUCGUUCUUCUGGGGCUACAUCCUGCUUCAAAUCCCUGGCGGCGAAUUGGCAGCCAGGUUCGGAGGCAAGAUCCUCAUCACUCUGUGUGUUGGCAUCAACUCUGCCACAUCGCUUAUCAUACCCAUCGGCUCUUAUUAUGGAGGUUGGCAAUUGGUAUGCGCAUGUCGAGUGCUGCAGGGACUGUCCCAAGGCUUCCUGUUUCCUUGCAUGCACAACCUGAUCGGGAAGUGGGUGCCUCUCGAGGAAAAGAGCCGGCUGGGCACCUUGAUAUAUGCAGGAGCUCAAUUCGGCACGGCCACCCAGCUGAUGGUGUCGGGCUUCAUCGCGGAGGCGUGGGGCUGGCCGGCCAUCUUCUACGUGAACGGCACGCUGGGCGCCAUCUGGACGGCUAUCUACGUCUUCAUAGGCGCUGACUCGCCGCAGACCUCGAGGAUGAUCAGCGAAAAGGAGCGGUUCUACAUUCAAAACUCUCUUGGGCAUGUUGGUGUUGCUAAGAAACUGAAGACGCCAUGGAGAUCUAUUUGGACGUCAUUAUCAUUCAUAUCUCUCAUCGUGGUCCACUGCGGCCACAACUGGGGCUUCUGGACUCUCAUGACGGAGAUUCCUUCCUACAUGAGCCAGGUUCUAGGCGUCGACAUUAAAGCGAACGGCCUCAUGUCAGCUCUUCCAUACUGGGCGAUGUACGUAAUGAGCUUCCCACUCGGCUACUUGGCUGACCUCGUGCUGAGGAAGAAGUGGCUCAGCAUCACUGCUUCGAGGAAACUAUCCAAUUCCAUCGGACACUACGGGCCUGCUAUUGCUCUGAUCGGGCUGUCGUACGCGCCGGCUGGCAAUGUGACUGUUGCUGUGGCACUACUCACCCUCGUCGUUGGACUCAACGCUGGACAUUAUACUGGAUACUUGUUGGUACACAUUGACAUGUCGCCGAAUUUCGCUGGUACUCUGAUGGGCAUCACCAACUGCUUCGCCAACGUCAUCUCCAUCAUCGCUCCACUCGCUGCUGGCGCCAUUCUCCAGGACGAAACGGACCCCAACGAGUGGCGUAAGGUAUUCUACCUGUCUUCCGCCAUCUACAUCAUUUGUAACACCUUCUACGUCAUUUUUGGCACCAGUGAGUUACAAAAGUGGAAUGAAGUCUCUAACGAUGAUGAGAAAGAUACAGAAGCAGAGAAAAAAGUAGAAAGGGCUGUGUAAAAGCGAGAAGUUUAUAAUGUACCUGACAAAUGAUUAACUAAAGUAACAUAUUUUGACAAAAAUAAAUAAUAAUUUUAAUAAUAA